CCUUGCAGCUCUUGUCCACCACCCCCACCGCCACUAUCUCGCUCGUUAUGAGUGACCGAAAGCGACCCUUCGAGGGGAACGGCGAUGCCGGAGUCGCAAAGAAGCUGAGAAGUGACGCGACGUCUGCCAAUGGCUCAUCAUCUGGUACAGCGAUGUCUGCAGAGGUUCUCAUCGCACAGAAGAAAGCAGAAAUAGCCGCAAAGAUAGCCGCAAUGAAGAGGAAAGCUCCAGGAGCAGUAGCAGCAUCGCCUUCACCCGCUCCUAAGCCUAGCCCUAGCCCUGCCGUUGCCACUCCUCCGCCUACAUCCCAUGCGUCGACCCCCACGGACGACCUCGCACGGCGGGUCGCUGAAGCGAAGAGGCGUGUUGCUGACGCGCAGAGCAAGUUGGCGGUGAAGGACAACCCGUACAUGUCGGCUCCGCAGCGCGGCAAGAAGGCCCCGCCCGUCGUUGAGCCUACCCAGCAGGGUGCUGGUCUGAAGAUGGCUGCACACCCUCUCCUUCUCGAUACUUCGACUCCGGCCCCCCAGUCGAAGAAGGACCGCUACAAACCCAUGCAGCCCAAGUUCGCCUCCAUAAAGGCGAACGUACGCAAUGCCCCUACACCACCUCCUGCCCCAGUCCCCGUCGCUCAGAAGGAAGCUUCCGCGAACCCGUACGCGGCGGGUGCAGCAGCAGCAGCAGAGAGUGGCUUCGAGGGGGCUCCCAAGGAGCGCGUCGGGCGGAGCAUCAGGUUUAACCCGAAGGGCAAGUACGUCCAAAUUGCCAAUCAGGUCAGGCAGGAGGCGAAGCUCGAGGAACUGAAGCAGCGUAUCGCCGAGAAUGCUAAGAAGGCCGGCUUGGACGCGGAGUUUGAGACGCUUGAGAAGACUAUCAGGCGCGAGCCGCCGCCUGCAUCUGAGUGGUGGGAUGCUGCCCUGCUGCCCAACAAGACGUAUGACGACCUUGCGAUGGGAAUUGGUGCCAUGAACAUCCGCACGGACAAUUCCCCGAUCACGAUGUAUGUUCAACACCCCAUACCCAUACCCGCUCCUGGUGACAAGAACAAGGUGGCAAUGAAACCCUUGAAGCUGACGAAGAAGGAGCAGAAGAAGAUGAGGAAGCAACGUCGGCAGGCGGAAUUGCAGGACAAACGAGACAGGAUUCGUAUGGGUCUUAUCCCCCCGGAUCCACCGAAGGUCCGCUUGGCCAACCUGAUGAAGGUCCUGACGUCGGAUGCCGUCCAAGACCCGACGCGCGUCGAGGCUCGCGUCCGGCGCGAGGUCGCCAUGCGCAAGCACGCGCACGAGAAGAUGAAUACGGAGCGGAAGCUCACGGACGAUCAGCGGCGAGAGAAGAUCGAGACCAAGAAGGCCGAGGAAGAGAAGAAAGGCGUCUACGGCGCGGUUUUCAAGGUCAAGACGCUCUCGGAUCCUUCGCAUCGCUUCAAGGUGCGCAAGAACGCAGAGCAGAUGAGCCUCACAGGCGCGUGCAUCUUCAACCCUGCAUUUAGCCUGGUGUACAUCGAGGGAGCGGCAAAGUUCAUACGCCAAUACAAGCGGCUCAUGCUGCACCGUAUCGCGUGGACCGAGCCGGCGCGUGAGCGUGGUAACGAGGACGUGGAGUUGGAUGAAGGCGAGGAGGGUGAGGGUAGCCCUGACAAGGGCAAGGCCAGAGCCGUAUCGGCGAGUCCCGGCGAGGAGGGUGCGGUGUCGCUGGAGGAUAACCACUGCUGGAUGAUAUGGGAGGGUCAGUUGCGCGAUCGGGCGUUCAGUAACUUCAAGCCGAAGAGCUGCCCGACGGAUGCCGCUGCGAAGGAAGUUCUAGGUCAGAAGCUGGCGGGGUACUGGGACCAGGCGAAGAACUGGAAGCCCGAGGAAGAGGAGUUGUUCUGAUCGCUGGCUACCUAGGUUCCGCCUUGCUGGUAUGGUUCUGUACGUUAGUUGCGCCUCAUUAGUUAAGCAUAUGUGGAUCUGUGCAUUGAAGUCCGACGACGG